AAUGAUAUCCCAGAGACUUCAACUUUUGGGCCUCAUUCUGGCAAUGAUUGGCUACGUAGGCACCAUCGUCAUCUGCGGUUUACCCGCAUGGAAGAUGACGGCUUUCAUCGGCGCCAACAUUGUGACUUUUCAGAUCAUUUGGGAAGGAUUAUGGAUGGAUUGCGUGGUUCAAACCACAGGCCAGAUGCAGUGCAAGGUCUACGACUCCCUCCUGAUUCUUCCUGCACAUCUGCAGGCCGCUCGAGCCUUGAUCAUUGUCGCCCUUGUUGUUGGAAUCUUUGGAAUUAUCGUCACCGUCAUCGGCGGCAAAUGCACAAGUUGUGUAGAGGAUGAGAAUGCUAAGGCUAAGGCUAAGAUUUCUGUUGCUGGUGGAAUCAUCUUCAUCAUCACAGGAAUUCUUGUUCUCAUUCCAAUGUGCUGGACCUCAAGCGAUGUCAUCAGGAACUUUUACAACCCAGCCCUUACGGAUGCCCAGAAGAGAGAACUGGGACCUUGUCUUUAUAUUGGCUUUGGAUGUGCUGCACUUUUCAUUGCAGGUGGAGCCCUGCUCUGUACCUCAUGCCCUCCAAAAGAUGAGCCUGUCUAUAACGUGAGAUACUCUCCAGCCAGAUCUGCAGUGAGCAGCAACAACAACAAAAUUUAUCGAAGAGGAUUCAGUGAUCAGAGAGAAAUGGCUUCAAAGAGUAUACAUUUGUUGGGCAGUGUUCUUGCCCUGCUCGGCUGGGUGGGCGUCCUUCUCUCCUGCCUCAUACCAAUGUGGCGCAUGACAAGCUUUGUGGGCGCAAUCAUUGUUACUGCUGAGACCAUAUGGGAGGGCAUCUGGAUGAACUGUGUGGUACAGAGUACAGGUCAAAUGCAAUGUGACAGUUAUGACUCUUUGCUGGCACUCAGCUCUGAUCUGAUAGCAGCUGAGGUCCUUACAGUAGGAUCGCUUCUGAUUGGCUCACUGGGUCUUGCACUGGCCUUCAUCGGAGGAAAAUGCACUCGUUUCUUGGACAACAAAAGUAGAGCUGUAAAAGGUAGAGUUGCCAUAGCUGCUGGCCUUGCACUGAUUAUUAGUGCUUUACUAUGUCUGAUUCCUGUCACAUGGGCUGCUGUCAAUGUGGUCCAGAUCUUUUACAACCCGCAGAUAAGUGAUGCCCAGCGCAGAGAGAUUGGCCCAGCUAUAUACAUUGGUUGGGGUGCUAGCAUCCUUCUCUUAGUGGGUGGUGGUAUGCUCUGUAGCACUUCCUGUUCCAAAGAGACAGAAGAUAACAAUCCUUCAGUCAACUACAGGGUUGUAUCGUCAUCUGGAUCUAGAUCUAUCUUAAAAAGUGAGAACAGUGAUGACGCUUCAAUCAGAAAAGCCGAUGCUUAUGUCUAAGCGAAGUGAUGGACUGUAUCAAUUCCCAGCGCAGGUUCUGAUCACAGCAUAUUCUGAAAGCGAGGCCUGCCUCUGAUUUGGAAAGAACCCCUACAUCAUCUUACCCUGGAGCACAGACCUAUUUGGAUACAAAAAUGGAUUUAAGUAAAGAAAUCAUAAUGAAAUUGGACAUUGCGUAUUGAUUUUCACCAUAAAUGAUGUUUCACUGUCACCCAGGGUGUAUCGAAGAAUUUUGUCUUUAUUUUAUUUGUUUAAUUAACAUCUACCAAGAUACUGUAGACCAAAUUCUGCAUUAGUUUAUAAUUUAAUAAAACAAUUUUCAGAAUUUACAAUUUAUACUUUAACAGCAGUGUGCACCUGACCUCCAUUUUAGAUCAAAUCAAGAAACUGUUAUCUGAGAAACUGCUUCAGUAAUCUGACAGUUUGCCAAAACAGGGGGUCAGUAUCACAAAUUGUUUUAAACAACUUUAAACAACAAAUAUUCAAUAUUUUUUAUAUUUAACAUUAACUUUUUUCAAUAUAUACUUCAACUGUCCAGUUUGGGUGAUCCUGUGUUUGAACAUUAAUAUUCAAGAUAUACUUCAUCUCUCUAGCCUGUGUCUGAACCUGAUCUGAGGUGGCCCUGCCGUUGUAUCCUAUACGCCACCUUAAUGUUUUGUUGUCAUUUUUUGUUGUCAUUUUGUUAAUGUAACUUACGUUUUCUGCUCUUCAUGGUUACAAAAAAUGAUUAUUUCACUUAUCAUAUCCUUCCUGGCAGCUCAAACCCAUCUGGUCAUUUUCUCCUGAACUCUUUUAUCAGCAGGAUGUUCCUGCCUAAAGAAUUGUCAUAUUUGUUAGCAGGAAAUUGAGGAGUGUGACUCCUCACACUCCUGGAUUCUCAGGAAUCCAGUAGUUUCUGAAAUACUCAAACAUUUAUCUGUUAAUAAGAACCAUGUUGAGGGAAAAUACACAAUGAGGUUUAAAAGUCUUACUAGUGAUCUCUAGUGUAUUUAUUUUUCUAAUGCAAGAAUUUUCAAAUGCAAAUUAUAUUAUCAGCUGGAGUGAAGCAAUUUUUUUUUGAGCGAAGCAAACUUUUGUUUGGUCAGACAUUUGAGAAUGCUUGGAAUGUCCACAUUUUGCUUUAAUGACAGCAUUUACUUGAACUGUUAUGGAUUUACUUCAUUGGAAGACAUGGUUCAGUGAGAGAUACAAAACUUACUGUUUAAAGGAGUGUAAGAUGAUCAAAACCAUCAUUUAGCUUAAAUGAGAAUAUUAGCCUUGCAACCGUGCAGAAUUUUGCAUACCCAAUUCAAUGUCAAUUCAAAGUGAUUAUUCAAGUUAAACUCAAGUUAAAUUCAAUGUUAUACAUUUUUAUUGUACAAUAGCCUUAAACAUUUAGCUUGUUUUCAUAGAGCCAGUGCUUAUAAUUUAAAGAAGUGGCAUGUCAGGUUAAGAUUAUUUCAGUAAUACCAGAAACACAAUUUAUAAACCUAACCUAUCUAAUCAAUCCCUCAGCGAUUGGCUUGAAUGCUUUUUGUUCUGUCAGUAUUUCUUAAUAACUAUCUAUAGGUAUAUUGUAAAACUUAAGCCACUUUAAUCACAGGAAAUAUCUACUAAGCCAUUGAUUUUUUUGUACAAACUAACUAAACUGGCCCAACAAUCUUCAAGCACCAGGUUAUAUUUAGAUAAAACAAGCUUCCUUGAUUCUAAAGAAGGUAAUGGGACAAAAGAGCACAAAUUCUUCGGUAAUGGUUUAACUUGGCUGUUGAGAGCAGCUGAUCUGUCCAAUGACUCUGAUAUGAUUAUUGAAUUAAAUAUUUAAUUUGUGUCAUACACAAAUUAAAAGACAUACAUUUUACACACCAUUUUGAGUGAGUGCUUUUCUUAACACCAUAACCGUGUACAUUUAGCGUUCAACGUUGUUUCCCACUUUGUUUCAGCCCUACAUUACGCUUUUAUCAUGAGCCACUGGAGUGAAAGCGUGUUCCAGGCCAAACCGGUUUAACAGAGAAUCAACUCACGGAAGUAAUUUACGUUUCAUGAGGUCUCACAGCAUAAAAAAAAUUCUAAUAGUUUCAUUGCAUGCCGCUGAAGUGUUCUGUGAUUGUGUGUGUACUCUAGGCACAGUUCAUUUACUGUGUCACAGUGAUGAAUAAAGUAAUACAAGAAUCUAGUUUGUCAUGUACAAAUAAACUUCCAAGCAAGUUUGGAUUGCAAUUAUUUUAGUUUUGUUAUCUAAGUACCUCUGUUGAAUUAGGUAUAGAUGUGGACCUGUGCUGUUGUCAGAGUUGUUCUACAGAGUGUUUGAUAAAUAGAGGAAAAAAGGGAAACACUAAAUAUAUAUAUAUA